AUGAAAGACUAUGAUAAUAAGUCAUCACAUUUUGGGAAAUAUUAUUCAAUUUAUCGAUAUCUGAAACUAAAUGGAUGGACUGUUGCAAGUGGACACACGUUUGGAUGUGAUUACUUAAUCUACUGUCUAGGUUCUCAAUUCUAUCAUUCAUCUGCUGGAGUUCUCAUUGCUGAUAAUAUCGAUCCUCAACGUCUUCUGACCUUAACUCGAAUUCUCGCACAUAAUAAAAAGGCGUUGAUAGUGGCAACAACUGAAAGAGAUGUGCUGAAUUUCGAGGACUGUCGAAAACCAUCCAAAAAACUGCGUAUUCGAAAUUUUCGAAUUCGUCAAACCGACGGAUUCGUUGACUUCGAAAAUAGAACGUUGCCUGCCAAUUUGCUUCACAGUGAACGAAUAAAUGGAUUGAAGACUACUGCAGCAGAUAUUGAAAAUACUUUUCAAACGAUUUUGGCUGUGGAUUUUCAGACUUUGAGAGCUUUUCUUCAAUCGGAAAAAUAUACUGCAUAUACUGUUUUGAGUGCUUAUGUCUGGAGAGCUAUCAAAAUAAACCGUAAGAUUAACUGUAUUACAGAAGUAAUCAAGGACGCUUUUAUAGAUGCUGCUCGUCUGGAUGACGAGUAUCGAGGAAAGUCUAAACCAGCACUUUUUGGAAUUCCGUUUUCCGUGAAAAGCAAUUUUUAUAUGGAAGGAUACGAGGCAACAGUCGGAUUGGCUAGUCUUUUGGAGAAUCGAGAAACAUCGACGUGUUCAGUUAUUCAAUUUUUGAAAGAUGAAGGGGCGAUUCCAUUCUGUCUUACGAAUGUUCCACAGGGUUUAUUAUCAUAUAUCACAUCGAACCCAUUAUAUGGAACCACCAAGAAUCCGUGGGACUUUUCUCGUACUCCUGGAGGAUCUUCUGGAGGAGAAGCGGCACUUCUAGCAGCUGGUGGAGCAGUGUUUGGGAUAGGAAAUGAUCUAGUUGGGAGUCUCAGAAUUCCAGCAGCUUUUUGUGGUCUUGUGACAUUAAAACCAACUCAAGAUAGACUUCACGAAAGUUCGAUGAAUCCAGGUCUUCCCGGAAGAGGACGACUUGGAUUGAGUUGUGGAUUCUUCACAAGAAAUGUGGAAGAUCAAGAAUUCCUAUUGAGACAGAUUGUUGGAAAUCCGAAAUAUCAUGAGAUGUGUCCAUAUUCUACCCUUUCUCCAUUGUUAUCCACGUCUGAUCUGAAAGAAGAAAAAAGAAAACCAGUUAUUGGAUGGUUUGUUGAUGAUGGAUUUGGAGCUGUUGCACCAUCGAAUCGCCGAGGAGUUGAAGAAACAAUUAGUAAAUUGAAAUUGGAUGGUUACGAGAUAAAAGAGUUCAAAAUGAGUGAAAUCGAUGAGAAUUUCCAGCCAGGUGUAGUUGCAGAUAUGCUCUUCAGAAAUGUAAUGCCAGAUAAUGGAGCUUACAUGUCGGAAAUGUAUGCAGGUGAACCAUAUGAUCGUUACAUGUCUCAUUUCAUUCGUCUCGUUCGGUACAAACAAGUAUUUGUUAUUCGAUGGUUGGCUCAACACGUCAUUCUUCCUCUUGCUCAAUUCACUCCAUUGAAAUCAAAACAAGUUAUGUGUCUUGGAAAUGCAUACAAUGCAAAUCCGAGUUGUGUGAGACAUAAUCAAGAGAAGACAGACGCAUUCAAGUUGAAAUGGAUCAAGUAUUGGAAAAGUUUGGGAAUAGAUGCAUUGAUUUGCCCCUCGUUCAUUACUCCUGCUCAACCGUAUGAAUAUCCAGUUCAACUAUCAACUGGAGUUUUUAUAACUGGCCUAUUCAAUAUGCUUGAUUGUCCGGCUGGAGUUGUCCCAGUAUCACCAGUUCGUGAAAAAGAAAACGACACUUUUGAUUCAAGCGGAGAUUUUGUUUUGAGUCUUCAAUCGAAAGCAAUGAAAGGGACAACUGGAAUGCCGAAUGCGAUUCAAGUCGUUACAUUACCAAAUCAAGAGGAAAUGUGCUUGAAUGUGAUGAAGAUAAUUGAAGAAAUGAGUGAAGGUGUUCAGCUUUUGAAAUGGAAAUCUGAAAACCAAACAAUUUGGACAAAUGGAGACAGUUUGGAGUGUUUCGAAAGAAUAGACAAGAAAAAAUCUAAUGGGAAAACGGUAUAA